AAUGAAAAAUAUAUGUGGUCCGAUUAAAGGUGAAAUUGACUACACCUGUGUUGAUGAACUGAGAGCUCUUUUGGGUUUACUUAUUUACACAUCAGUCUUCAAAUCCAAUCAUGAAGAUAUUGAAUGUUUAUUUGCCACGGAUGGAACUGGCCGCGAUAUUUUUCGUGCAGUUAUGUCAAUGAAACGUUUUAAAUUUUUACUUUCAAAUUUGCGAUUUGAUAACCCAGAUGAUAGGGAAAGAACGAAAGAAAUCUGAUCCGGCAGCACUUAUUUCUGAAGUGAUGAGUUUAUUCAUUUAUAACUCCCACAAAGCUUACACAUUAGGCACGUGCGUCUGCAUUGAUGAAAUGCUUGUUGGAUUCAGAAGAAAGUGUCGCUUUAAAAUGUAUAUGCCCCAAAAGCCUGUGAAAUAUGGAUUAAAAGUUAUGUGUUUGACUGAUGCCCAGGAAUAAUUAUGCUUACAAUACAUAUCUUUAUUGUGGAAAAGACUCUGAUGGAAUUAGCGUAGAAGAGAGUUGGAAAAAAUUCAGCAAACCAAGUCAAGCUGUUCUGCGUUUGAGCAAACCAAUUUUUAAUACGAACAGGAAUGUAACAGCAGACAAUUGGUUUUCUUCCAUAGAACUUACCACAGAAUUGUUAAAAAACGGACUGACAUACGUUGGAACUGUUAAAAAAGAAAUUCCGAAAGAUUUUCUUCUAUGUAAGUCAAGAAAAGAGAAUUCAACAUUGUAUGGAUUUACUAAGGACAUAACUUUGAUUUCAUUUGUUCCAAAGAAAAGGCGAGCAGUGGUUUUGAUGUCAUCAUUGCAUCAUUCGAUAGAAACAGACUCGGAAACACAGAAACCUGAAAUAAUUGGUUUUUAUAACAGAACCAAAGGUGGUGUUGAUGCUUUAGAUGAAAAAUGUUCUGUCCAUUCCUGUAGUAGGAGAAGAACGCGUUGGCCUAUGGCUCUUUUCUACCGGUUAGUAGAUAUGAGUAUAGUAAACGCAUACAUUUUGCACCAAGGUUAUAACCAAAACCCUGCUAUGACCAGAAUGGUGUUUUUGAAAGAAUUAGUCAAACCACUACUACACACGAGAGUGAAAAAUCCAAGAAUAAAUCGAGAAUUGCGCCUGACAAUAAAGCGAAUUUUAGGAAAAGAAGCUGAGUCUAAAAAUGUGGAGCAGUGCACAAAAGAAGCAAAAUUAAAACCAACGGAAAACAUGUCGUCUGUGCCCCCCAAGCAAGAAAAGAAAGACAGCAUAUUUAUGUUUGGAAUGCACGCAAAAGUUAUGCAAUGAAUGUGCUAAAGAAGACGAAAACUAAAUUGUUUACUAUCAGAAAAUCGGUGAGAUACUGAUAUUUAAGGUACUGUCAAAAUUUUUCUGUAUUGUGCUACAUACAAUUUUCUCCGGUUAAAAUUUGUUUUAAAUAUCAAAUAAUAUAGAUAAAAUAGUUAAUUCAAAACAGAUGCAUUCUUAUUUUUAGUUUUAUAGAAUUUAGUGCAGCAUAUGAUUUUCACCGAAAAAUUUAAGGCUAUGGGGAAAUUUUAUGGGAAAAAUUUAAUUUCACUUUAAAGUGUAAAAACAUAUUUUCUUUUCAGAGUAAAAUGUUCAAAGAAUAUCUAAGU